AGAUGCAGUUUCAAAUACUAAAACUCUUUAAAAAUCUGAAAGAAGGUGAUUCGGAAGAUGGACUUCAUGAAAGGGAUGGUGGAUUGUUGGGUAUUGUUUCUUACCUUUCUUCAUUCCAAGUUAACCGUAGUGUUGCCUCUAGAAGCACCUUAAAAUGUAAACGUGUGGAUGCACAUGUUGGAAUUGGACCACCUCCACCAUUUCCCUUUGGUGUUUCUAAUGUGCGAAUAGCAGAAGGAGAUUUUUGGGGUCAAGAAAUAAUUAUCAAUUACUCAGUAAUUAUCAAGACAUAUAUUGGAAUGAAAAAGGAAGAUAUGGAAAG